AUGGAAGCCACCGAAGAUUCGACUGCUGCUGCGCCUAGUGGCAGUAGCAGCGGCAGCAGCUGUGCGCAAUGCGGUGCUUCGACCAGCAAGACAUGCGCAGGAUGUAGGUCCGCCAACGAAUUCCUCCAAGGAGCCGACAAGACGUAUUACUGUUCCAAGGAGUGCCAGCAGGCACAUUGGACAACUCACAAAGCCACCUGUGAGAGAGCCAGAAGACACCAAACCAUGUACCAGGGUGGAGAUCUGCUUCAGGCGCUUUGGACCGUUCUGCGCACCGAAACAUUCCCAACCACCAUUGACCGAGUCGAGGUCGAUGGUGACACCAUCACCUUCUGGGAGACAUGCAAUGGCACAGCACCUCCAUUUCCGCAUCACCUAUUCCAAGACGACAAGGUCAAGCAAGCGGUUCUGGAUUACGGAGCUUGUAGCGAUGCCCUAUUCCACAUGAGGAAACUGGUCCAAGAGCUUUUCUCUGCAAUCUCUUCGGAAACCACGGAAGUGAAUUACCGAGUGAAAGAACGAAGAUUGAGUGUGAAGUGCUACAAUCGGCACCGGGGUCGAAGCGAGUAUGCAAUUGUCGGCAGUCAAUUUUGGUUCGUGACGGGCGGAUCACCUGCAGGGGGUGACUUCAGCGAUGAAAGAGUCUUCAGCCACAGCGUAUUUGUCACUGCUCUGAAGGGAGAUGGUGAAGGCUUUGUGAUCGACCUAGCAAGUCGACAAUAUGGCCACAGCGACAACAUCAUACCAGUCAACAAGUACCUUGCAGAGCGAGUGAGCAAUGUCAUCUCCAAGAACCCCUUCGGGACUCAUGACGAGACAAUCGGUUCUGUCGACGAGCAAAACUCUAUGUAUUUCGAAAGAGUGCAAUUCGGCGCUUUGAGGAUGCACAGAUUACUGCGAACUUGGCUGGCGGAGAACAAUCUCACCCUCAGCGGCCUAGUGGCUCUUGACAAGGCAUCUUUUCAAACCAAGCUUGCAGUUCUCAGAGAAUAUGCCACCAGAGGCUUGCAAGCUACAGCCAAGGAAUCCGCCGAGUGUUGUGCUCUGUUUCCUCGCUUGCUCAAAGCAAAGGACCCCAACGAAAAGGCCCGAAUAGCCCAGCAGCGCCUGGAUAUCUUGGAGGCAUCUGGAAUCACAGUUGACCUGAUGCAACCAGAGAAUAGGAGCUGGUUCGGUUGCUGA